AUGGGUGCAUCAGGCUUGGGUUAUGGUUUAGCAAAUUGCAUUAAUCUCUCAAAUUUGACACUUUACCUUAGUUGGAAUUAUAUUAGUGCAAUGGGUGCAUCAGGCUUAGGUUCUGGUUUAGCAAAUUGCAUUAAUCUCUCAAAUUUGUAUCUUGGCCUUUAUUAAAAUUAAAUUGGUGACGAAGGUGCAUCAGGCUUAGGUUCUGGUUUAGCAAAUUGCAUUAAUCUCUCAAAUUUGACACUUUACCUUUCUUAAAAUUAAAUUGGUGCAAUGGGUGCAUCAGGCUUAGGUUCUGGUUUAGCAAAUUGCAUUAAUCUCUCAAAUUUGACACUUCACCUUUCUUAAAAUUAAAUUGGUGACGAAGGUGCAUCAGGCUUAGGUUCUGGUUUAGCAAAUUGCAUUAAUCUCUCAAAUUUGACACUUUACCUUUCUUAAAAUUAAAUUGGUGCAAUGGGUGCAUCAGGCUUAGGUUCUGGUUUAGCAAAUUGCAUUAAUCUCUCAAAUUUGACACUUCACCUUUCUGAGAAUUAAAUUGGUGCAAUGGGUGCAUCAGGCUUAGGUUCUGGUUUAGCAAAUUGCAUUAAUCUCUCUAAUUUGACACUUUACCUUUUCAGUAAUUAAAUUGGUGACGAAGGUGCAUCAGGCUUAGGUUCUGGUUUAGCAAAUUGCAUUAAUCUCUCAAAUUUGUUACUUUACCUUUCUUGGAAUAAAAUUGGUGACAAAGGUGCAUCAGGCUUAGGUUCUGGUUUAGCAAAUUGCAUUAAUCUCUCAAAUUAGACUCUUUACCUUUCUUAGAAUUAAAUUGGUGACGAAGGUGCAUCAGGCUUAGGUUCUGGUUUAGCAAAUUGCAUUAAUCUCUCAAAUUUCACACUUGACCUUUGUAUGAAUGAAAUUGGUUACGAAGGUGCAUCAGGCUUAGGUUCUGGUUUAGCAAAUUGCAUUAAUCUCUCAAAUUUGACACUUGACCUUUCGUAAAAACAGUUUAUUUGUUUUGGAUUGUGA